GUCCUGUAAGAAGAAAAUUCUCCGAGCAUUUGUCCAGCUGCAAAUGGCGAAAGAAGGUCCUCACGGCGGUUCGAGCUCAGCAUCAUCAGCUCCGGAGACAGGAAACAACUUUGACGUGUUCCUGAGCUUCAGAGGAGGCGACACCCGAGAUGUAAUCACCGAUGUACUCUACAGCAGCCUCGUUGGUGCCGGGGUCCGCACCUUCAGAGACGAGGAAGAGCUUUCCGAUGGGGAGUCCCUCAAGAAGGAGCUUCCUAAGGCUAUCAAACUGUCCAAGAUCGGCAUUCCCAUCCUGUCCAAAACCUAUGCCUCGAGUAAAUGGUGCCUCCGAGAGCUGGCUCAGAUGGUCGAGCAGCUCGAUAAUGAUGGGAUGAUCAUGAUGCCCGUCUUCUUCGAGACCCCUGUGGAUCAUGUGAAGAUGAAGGAUGGGAAGGGUCGCUACGCCGAUGACAUUAGGGAACACAGGGAGAAAGGAGUAGUUGACCCGGCUGAGAUCGAGAAAUGGGAGAGUGCCCUCAAAAAAGUGACGUCUUUGAAAGGGCGGCAAGUUGAUUGCGGGCAAGGAGAAUUUGCAAAAAUGUUGUUUGCAAAAGUUUUGAAGAAAUUGAGAAAGGCUAAGCUCAAAUUGUCCGACAAAUUAGUCGGUAUUGAAGACGGCUUGACUGAGCUGAGAAGAAUGAUGGAUACCGACUCCAAUGACGUGCGGAUGAUUGCCAUCGCCGGCAUUUCAGGCAUUGGUAAGACAACCCUCGCAAAGUCUCUCUACAAUGAUAUCUGCCACCUCUUUUGUGGUUGCAGUUUUCUCAGCGAUAUUCAAGCAUCUACAAAGAGGGAUCUUGUAGCUUUGCAAAACCAGUUGGUUUCUGACAUCAUCCGAAAGGACUUGGCAAACUUGAAUUCCUUUGAGGAAGGAGUCAGCUUCCUCGAAAAAAGAUUAACCAAUCUGAAGGUCCUCAUUCUUCUGGACGACGUGUGUGAGAAGACUCAGCUUGAAGCAUUGGUUGGAAGUCUUGAUUGGUUCGGUCCAGGGAGUAGGAUCAUUAUCACAACCAAAUAUAAAGAAGUUCUCCGUGGACAUGAAGUAACAGAAACUUAUAACGUCCCAGAGAUGACUCAGGGUGAUGCUCUAACACUUUUCUGUAGAUACGCCUUUGGUAAGGAUUGUCCAGAACAUGACUAUGUUGAUCUCUCUAACAAAAUUAUGACUGCUACUGGAAGGCUUCCAUUAGCUCUUGAGCUCGUAGGUUCACAGUUUUUUCUGUUUCGCGAUAAAGAAGAUGUACGGAACAAUCUUGUGGAUAAGUUGAAAAGAGUACCGCAUGAUGAUGUCCAGAAGAAGUUGAAGAUUACUUAUGAACUGUUAUUAGAGGGUAGCCAACGGCAUAUUUUUCUCGACAUAGCUUGUUUUCUUAUAGGAGAGGAUAAAAGAAUUGCAUCGUACAUGUGGAAGGAACUUGACCUGUUCCCUUAUCUCGAACUCGAGAAGCUCUGUCAUAUGUCCCUGGUAAAGAUUGGAGAUGACAACAGGAUGUGGAUGCAUGAUCAGUUAAGGAAGCUCGGCAGGCAAAUUGUUCAAGACGAUCUCAAGGAACAUGGCAAGUGCAGUAGACUAUGGGGACCCACUCAAGCUCGGGAAAUUAUUCAACAAGAUGAGCAGCAAAUGAAGGUCGAAGCUCUGUGUCUUGGCAUGGAUAACCACUCCUUCACCGAACAAAAAGACAUGGAUGAUCUAUCGCAGACCUGUUGGACUCCUGCCCAAUUUGGAAGAGUACCAAAUCUCCGUCUCCUUAUUAUGGAUCACUCUAUUAUUGAGGAGGAUUUUAGAAAUCUUCUUGCUAAGUUACUUUGGCUCCGUUGGCAUGGUUGUCCAAGAGCUUUUGAUGUAUACAAUUUGCAUUUGGAGAACUUGGUUGUUCUCGAUUUAUCGUGGAGCAAGGUAACCGAAGGUUGGAAGUGUUGGAAUUAUGUAGAGCUGUCAAGGAAGUUGAAGGUUUUAAUUCUCAGAGACUGUGUCGACUUGAUACAAACUCCGAACUUUUCUAAUUUCAAGGCUUUGGAGGUGCUGGUUUUAGAAUAUUGCUCUCAUUUGGUUCAUAUUGACCCAUCGAUUGGUGAGUUGCAAUGUAUGCAAAUUUUAGAUCUGAAAUUCUGCACUGACCUCAGUAACUUGCCCAGAGAACUUGAUUCUCUGAAAGCUUUGAGAGAGCUUCGUCUUGACGGAACUUCUAUAGAAAAUAUUCCAGUCUCGGAAGACAUGAAGCAUCUCAAAACUCUCAGCGCCUGCAACUGUAAAUCAUUGGUACGGAUAUCUAGUGAAAUUGGAGAUAUAAAAUCUCUAGAAUUUCUUUCGCUGGAUGGCUCUGGACUUGCCGUGCUCCCAGAUUCGAUUGGAAGGCUAGAAAACUUGAAACAACUGUCUUUGAGGGAUUGUCAGUUGAUGUAG